GCCUCCCAGUUCUCUUUGGACCCCGGAAAAGUCUCUUCAGAUGCAGUUUCCUGAUCGCGGGCUUGGGAGAGUCAGCAGUCAGCAGAGCAGCGGCGGGAACCGCUGCCUGGGUACCCUGGAACCUCCCAGGUGUCACACUCCUCAGUCAGUCCUGCUCACCUGUGAGUCUGAACUAAGAUCCCUGGAUGGUGAAGAGAGGAGAAUGUAGCAAAGGAUCCAGGAAUUGGAUUCCUGGUGGUCUCUGGUGUUCUGUGAGGACCUCAAGAUCUGGGCAUAACAAUGUGAGCUUCUUUCAUGUUUGUUUCAUGAAAAGCUCCAGGUGCUUUCUGCAGAAUCCUUUUCCCAUAUGAGGGUUUCCCACUCAGCCAGAUCUGCUCACCUGUGAAUCAGAACUAAGAGCCCUGGAUGGUGAAGACAGAGGAGACUCUAGCCAAGGAGCCAGCUUUUAAUUUUUUGAGAAGAGUGACAAGAAGAAUGAAUGCUUCUCUCAUAAAUGCUCCUCAGGGUCAGUUAACAUUCAAGGAUGUGGCUGUGGACUUCUCACAGGAGGAAUGGGAAAGUCUUGACCGUGCUCAGAGGGCAUUGUACAUGGAUGUGAUGUUGGAGAAUUACAACAAUCUGGUUUUUGUGGAGAAUCAUGUCAUGUGCCAUAAAUAUGAGAACAUCUUAGAUCAAGACCUGCAACAUAUUGUCCAUGAGCAUGUGAAUAACCAAGUGAAGUCUUAUAACUGUCAAGAGCUUGUCAAAAUCAUUCAUGAAUCCACCCAGAGUACGCCUUAUAAAACUAACCUCAGGCAUACAUCUGUUGAAUCAUCGAACCUAACCAGGCUUGAAACUGGAAACAACAGAGAAUCUUGCAAAUAUAAAAACCCUGUAAACUGUUUAUAUUUCUGCUCUACCAUUAGUUUAACUCAGGGAAUCCACAGCGGAAAGCAAGAAUACAAUGGUACAUUGCUUGAUAAAGAUUUUGACUCUAAACAAAAGCUCAUGCUGGAACAAACCAGUAACAAAAAGAAACCUUACCAAUGUAGUGAAUGUGCCAAAUGUUUCACCAAGAAAUGCAAACUUAGACAACAUCAGACGGUUCAUACUGGAGAGAAACCUUACAAAUGUAGUGAAUGUGACAAGUGCUUUACCCAAAAAUACAGUCUUAUUAUUCAUCAGAGAAGUCAUACAGGAGAGAAACCUUACAGAUGUAGUGAAUGUGACAAAUGCUUUACCCAGAUUGGUGAUCUUAGAAAACAUCUGAGAAUUCAUACAGGAGAAAAACCUUAUAAAUGCAGUGAAUGUGACAAAUGCUUUAGCUACAAAAGUGGCCUUACAAGUCAUCAGAUUAUCCACACAGGAGAGAAACCUUACAAAUGUAGUGAAUGUGACAAAUGCUUUACCCACAAAGGUGAUCUUAAAAGACAUCAGAGUAUUCAUACGGGAGAAAAACCUUACAAAUGUAGUGAAUGUGACAAAUGUUUUACUCUGAAAGGCAAUCUUACAAUUCAUCAGCAAAUUCAUACGGGAGAGAAACCUUACAAAUGUAGUCAAUGUAACAAAUGCUUUACCCACAAAGGCGAUCUUAGAAGACAUCAGAGUAUUCAUACAGGAGAAAAACCUUACAAAUGUAGUGAAUGUAACAAAGGCUUUACCCAAAAAUGCAGUCUUAUCAUUCAUCAGAUAAUUCAUACAGGAGAUAAAGGUUACAGAUGUAGUGAAUGUGACAAAUGCUUUACCCUCAAAAGUGAUCUUAUUAUUCAUCAGAGAAUUCACACAGGAGAAAAACUUUACAGAUGUAUUGAAUGUGACAAAUACUUUACCAAGAAGUAUCAUCUUGGAAUUCAUCAGAGAAUACAUUCAGGAGAGAAACCUUACAAAUGUAGUGAAUGUGACAAAUCCUUUACCCUGAAAGGCAAUCUUAGAAUUCAUGAGCGAAUUCAUACAGGAGAGAAACCUUAUAAAUGUAGUGAGUGUGACAAAUUCUUUACUCAAAAAUGCAGUCUUAUUAUUCAUCAGAGAAUUCAUGCAGGAGAAAAACCCUACAAAUGUAAUGAAUGUGACAAAUGCUUUACCCGCAAAAGCAGUCUUCGUAUUCAUCAGAGCAUUCAUCUAGGAGAGAAACUUUACAAAUGCUGUGAAUGUGACAAAUGCUUUACUGACAAAUAUUGUCUUAGAAGUCAUCAGAGAAUACAUUCCGGAAAUCAACCGUAUAAAUGUAGUGAAUGUGACAAAUGUUUUACCCUGAAAGCCAGGCUCAGCAGUCAUCAGAAAAUUCAUACAGAUAAGAAACCUUACAAAUGUAACGAAUGUGCCAGAUACUUUACCCAAAAAGGCAGUCUUAUUAUUCAUCAAAGAAUUCAUACAGGAGAGAAGCCUUACAAAUGUAGUGAAUGUGGCAAAUGCUUUACCCGCAAAAGCCAUCUUAAUGUUCAUCAGAGAGUUCAUACAGGAGAGAAGCCUUACAAAUGUAGUGAAUGUGACAAAUGCUUUUCUCACAAAGGCAAUCUUAGAAAACAUCGGAUAAUUCAUACAGGAGAAUAAACGUUACAAUAUGAAUGUGACAUAUGAUUUCCCCCAAAAUUCAGUCUUCUUAUUCACCAGAGAUUUCAUACAGGAGAGAAAACAUUCAAAUGUAGUGAAUGUGACAAAUACUUUACCUGCAAAAGUAGUCUUAGAAUUCAUCAGAGAAUUCAUGCAGGAGAAAAACCUUAAAAAUAUAGUGAAUGUGAUGAAUUCUUUAGCCAGAAACAAUCUUAGCACUCAUCAAAGAAUACAUACAGUAGAGAAACCUAACAAAUGAAGUGAAUGAGAAAAACCAUUCCUGAGGUAUAUCAUCUUUGAAUUUAUCAGAGGAUAUGUAUAAGAGAGUCCUUAUAAAUGUAGUAAAUGUACAAAGCAUUUACUGUUGGUUUGUUAAGGAAUGAAUACAGGACAGAAACUUUAGACAUGUAAUGUAUGUGGAAAGAUCUUUAUCCAAAUAUCAGAUCAAAGAAAAUACUUGGGAAUUUAUAGUCAAAAAAAGUGUCCACUGGAAAAAAAAAUGGGGCAUGUGCUUUAUUCAAGCUGUAUCAUUUCCAACUCUUGAGGCUCCACACUAAAGAAUUAUUUAUUGUGUAUAUAAGAAAUUUGUGGACGUGCUUAAUUAAUGCUCAAAUUUUAGAUCUAUCCAGGGUUUAUGCUGGGAGAAACUGAAAAUGUUACAAUGAAGGAAAUAAUUUCAUUGAAAGUUUUUACUUGUUCACUUUCAACUUUGUCAUAAUGAAGACAAGAUUGAGAAGCUAGAAGAAUAUGGAAUUGUGUAAAGUUUCCCAGAGACCAAAAUGAUCUAUUUCAAAAAGCAGCUGGGAAAUACCUGCCUCAAACUAGUGAAUGAAACUGACAGUAUUCUGUUUGCUUAACUCAAAUUAAGAUACUCAAAAAAACUAUACUUUUAAAAAGAGAAUUUGACAAACCAAGCCACAAACAUAGGAUGUUCUUUAUCCUGUAGAUAUUCCUAGAAAUAUGCAGUUUGCUUGCAGAGUCCAGUAUUCAUAAUCUGUAUCAUAUGAUGGUUUUAAUUUUCAGGAUAGCAAUUGUCAUUGAGUCCCUCAGGCUCUCAUUUACUAACUUUCCCCUGUGUCCUGUAUGGAACACCAAUAAAGAUCAUUGG